AUGGAAGAAUCGAAAGAGCUGCAAAUCCAAGAAAAGAAAGUCCCUCAUUUGGUUAUUUUGCCACUCCCAUUUCAAGGCCACGUAAAUCCCAUGUUUCAACUGGCUAAUCUCUUACACUCCAAAGGAUUCUCUAUCACUAUAAUUCACACAAACUUCCACUCUCCCAAUCCAUCCAACUUCCCGAACUUCCACUUCGAAUUUAUAGCUGAUGACUUAUCAGAUGGUAAGAUAUGGAUCGAGGACCCCAUAUCUGCUGUGUACAUCCUCAACGACACAUGCCAAGAACCCUUACAUGAUUGCUUGUCUCGAUUGCUAUCAGAUGGCCUGGUUACGUGCAUCAUCGCUGAUGAGGCUUUUUACGGCACGAAAGACGUUGCAGAUCAGUUGAAGCUCCUGAGAAUUUUGUUAGGCACCACAGCGCCUCUGGUUUCGCCACCAUGGCGUCUUUGA